UGAGAAUUCUUUUACCUUAGGGACUACCUCUCACAUCCUCGAUUCGGAGUCGAAUUCCCCAAAACUGGGGUCCUCAACAGAACCUCAGACAGAUCACUUAUCCGAAGACGGAGAGGAUGAAUAUAAGAUGAGUCACGAAACAGGCCGCACUGGAGCAGGUUCGGAAGAUUCAUGGGACGAGAGGGAAGACAAAGAGGACGCGUUAUUACCAGAAGCUGCCAUGAUGGCAGAAGAGACGCCUGCGACAAGCUCGCCCUCGGAUACACAGGAGGGAAUGCUGCCUCGAGACAUGCAAAGGAAGACGGCAUACUAUGAUUACGCUGCUGAGAAGCAAUUGAGUCAGGCGGAUGCAAAGCUAUUCUACCAGCGAAGUCAAUUGGAGGCUCAGAAGACGGGUGGCAGCAAUUGGGGCGCUUCUCAAAGCUCUCCUCGCGGAAGCCCGGUCCUCGUCCCCAGGUCGGUGUCGAGCUUCUUUGAGGCGGAUCAAGCUGGGUUGAGGAGGUCAGGUAGCAUAAAUUCUAUGAAAAGUGGACAGCAUGCUACGCAGAGCUCUGGGAAAUACAGACCUGCAUUCCCCGUCGGUUUGGCUGAUUUGUCAAAGCAUCCCGAAAGCAAUACCAUACAGGAACCUUCGAUAGCUGCUGCAAACAAUUUCCACAAUAGCCCAAUCUCUCUUCCUCGCACAGAAUCACUGCUCCGAGCAGACCAAGCUGCAAGAGAUCAUGCCGCACACCCAGGUCUACCUCAUGAACCGAAGCCGUUCUUAGAGACCCAAGGUCUCCACGGAGCCGGGGCAGGAAUUGGCGUAGGGAGUGGUGCAGGCGGGCUUGCUAGCAAUGAUGCGAAUAUCACUUCCGAGCUUAGUACAAUCUAUACCAAUAUUCAAAAGGUGCUAGAUAUUCGACACAAGUAUAUUCGUCUUUCCUUGCAGAGCGAUGGAGACAACCCAAAAGACGACCCGAAUUGGAAUAUCUAUCCUCCUCCUCCAGAGCCUGCUUGGUAUGAGGAGCGAGACAAAGCAGGCCCAAGUACUACGAAUGGCAAGAAUAGCCAGAAUAAUAGUAUGGCUAGCAGCAUGGUUCUUCCUCCACUGGAGAGGCCUAAGACGAGAGACGGUGAGCACAGCAGGAAUUUCAGUUCUAUGAAUCUACCUGCAACUCCUCAAAGUCCCAAAAUCUCUAAAACUCCGAAAAAGAAAAGAAAGCCUGGUCAGGACAUUGGCGAAGAUUUUGACAUCGAGGAUGUUCUACCUGUUCCCGGGCCUGGUGAGAUGAGUUUCCGUCUCGAUGGCAAUAGCGUCUAUCAAAUCUACGAGAACUCCAAAGCCGAGGAGUUGGACACUCCGGUGAUCAACAUCCCUACAAUCCGAGAGUUUUACAUGGAUCUAGAAGAUAUCCUGAAUGUGUCCUCAGAUGGCCCAAGCAAGAGUUUCGCCUUUCGACGAUUGCAGUAUCUUGAAGGCAAAUUUAAUCUGUAUGUGCUACUCAACGAAUAUCAGGAGAUGGCGGACAGCAAGAGAGUCCCUCACAGAGAUUUUUACAACGUCAGAAAGGUGGAUACUCACGUCCAUCAUUCGGCAUGUAUGAAUCAGAAGCAUUUGCUGCGAUUCAUUAAGAGUAAGAUGAAGAAAUGUCCAGAUGAGGUUGUGAUGUUUCGAGAUGGCAAACAUCUCACUCUAGAAGAGGUGUUCCAGAGCAUCAAUUUGACGGCGUACGAUCUGAGUAUCGAUACGCUGGAUAUGCAUGCUCACACAGACUCGUUUCAUAGAUUCGACAAGUUCAAUCUGAAGUACAACCCAAUUGGCGAAUCCAGAUUGAGAACUAUCUUCCUCAAGACGGACAAUUUCAUCAAUGGUAGAUACCUGGCUGAGAUCACUAAAGAGGUUAUUUCCGAUCUUGAGUCUAGCAAAUAUCAGAUGGCUGAGUGGCGUAUCUCGAUAUACGGACGAGCUAUCGAUGAAUGGGAUAAGCUUGCAGCGUGGGUCGUUGACAACAAGCUCUUCUCCCACAACAUCCGGUGGCUAAUCCAAGUUCCUCGUUUGUUCGAUGUCUACAAAUCGAGUGGCUUGAUGCAGAAUUUCGAGGAGGUCCUCAUUAAUCUCUUUCAACCUCUUUUCGAGGUGACGAAGGACCCUUCCAGUCAUCCAAAGCUUCAUAUCUUCUUGCAAAGGGUCAUUGGCUUUGACAGUGUUGAUGAUGAGAGCAAGCCAGAACGUCGAUUAUUCAGAAAGUUUCCUGUGCCUAAAGUUUGGGACUCGAAACAAAAUCCUCCUUACAGCUACUGGAUCUACUACCUUUUCGCAAACAUGGCCUCGCUGAAUGUCUGGCGAAAACAGCGAGGUUUCAACACUUUUGUACUGCGUCCUCAUUGUGGAGAAGCUGGCGAUACGGAUCAUUUGGCUGCUGCUGUUCUUUGCUGUCAUAGUAUCAGUCACGGUCUAUUACUUCGUAAGGUACCCCUUCUGCAAUACAUUUUCUAUCUCGAGCAGAUCGGUGUUGCGAUGUCUCCGCUCAGCAACAAUGCACUGUUCUUGGCAUACGAGAGAAAUCCGUUCUUGCAGUAUUUCAAGAGAGGCUUGAACGUUUCGUUGUCUACUGAUGAUCCUCUUCAAUUUGCGUUUACGAAGGAGCCUUUGAUUGAGGAGUACUCGGUCGCUGCACAGAUUUACAAGUUGAGUGCUGUGGAUAUGUGCGAGCUUGCUAAGAACUCGGUCACCCAAAGCGGUUUUGAACAUACUAUUAAGCAGAGAUGGCUUGGUCCAGAUUAUUAUCUGCCAGGUGUCAAGGGAAACACUAUGGCGAAGAGCAACGUGCCAAAUAUUCGAGAAGGUUUCAGGCAUGAGACUCUGUUGCAGGAGCUUGCAAUGAUUGCACGAUACACUGCAGCUGCAACACCAACUCCAGCAUCAGCGAGCACAGUCUCACAAUUGCCCUUCGCACCCCAGCACCGACCAGCUUCACCAACAUCGUCCCUGAAGACCAAUGCAUCUACGAGUACAAUGCACCUCGAUUCGAGUUCUCAAGCCUACCAACAGUUCCCAGCACAAGCCGCUCGAAUCCCGAACUCCCACUCGCAGCUUCACAUCGAUUCUCAACAGCCAAGAAUGAACCAGGCACAAGAAGGACAUCAAUCCCAGCCAACAUCAUCUCGUGACCACACCCGCCAGAAUUCCACCUCGAUAACCUCGCCAAACCUCGCAGGCCUCACGAGAGAGACUUCUUGGCCGGUAGAAGCAUUUGGCGAUCUUCACCUUUCUGGCAGCGAACCGAGGAUCUUUCCUGGUGUGGUGAGCAGGACACAGAGAAGAGAUAGUCUGGUUAGGAAGAGUAGCAUGAGUGAGACGGAUGAUAUUGCGAGUGCGGGGACCUCGAGGAAGAGUGGGACGGGCACUUGGAAGAGUAAGGGGAAGGAGAGCAUUGAGAUGGAUGGCGCAGUGACGGAGGAGGAGGCUGAGGAGGAGAUGGAGGAGAGUGAUGGGGAUAUGGAGGAGGCUGGGGGCAUGGAUGAGUAGAAUGGGAAACGUCUUUGAAUUUGGGAUGGUUGGGCGUUAUUAGACAUUUCUGGUUGAGGAGUGAUGCAAAAGAAUGGGAUCAAUUAGAAUGAUAGUAAAGGGACGAAACAUUAGUUGGUGUAGGUUUAUUGUAGAUGUAUACCCU